AUGCAGGUCUUCAGCGAGCGCAUGGCGUCACGCGGGGGAAUCCCGCUGCCGCUGGCGUACUACAUGCAGCCGGCGGUGGCGACGGCGGCGGCCCAACCGGUGGACGUGUUCGCGGCCCGGCUUGAGGGGCGGACAUUUCACGAGGCACUGCGCAGCGAUGGCGGGUUCGCAGUCGUCACCGCAUUUCUGCUGGGCGGCGUUGACGUGAAUGUGCGGGAUACGCACGGGGCGACGCCGCUGCACACCGCGGUCGCGCGGGUUUCCCCCACAGACGGCGACGGCGACGGCGACGUCGCCCCGGUGCUCGCCGCCGAGGGCCCCAACAAUUUGAUCAUCGCCUUCCUCCUCGACAACGGCGCCGACGUGAACGCCCACAACACCGCCGGGGAGACACCGCUCAUGAUCGCCGCGGCGACGCAAAACAUCGCCGUGGUGCGCAUCCUCCUGGCGCACGGCGCCGACCCCUCGCUCCGCGACGACUUGGGGAACACCGUGCUGCACCACGCCGCCCGCCACCCGCACGUGCUGCAGACGCUGCAGGCGUGGGUCGACGACCUCCCCGCCCGGGCGGUGCGGGAGAACCUCCUCCACGUGGUGUGCCGGCAGGGCGGCGCCGGCGCGGAGCUCGCGGCGCUUUUCCUCAUUGAGCAGCUGGGCGUCGACGUGAACGCGCGCGAGGAGGAAACCGCCACCACCGAGGACGACGCCCGUCAUUCCUCCACGGAGGCGAACGGCGCCGACGCCGCGCCACUCUCCAGCGUCGCGGUACGGGAGGGGCGCACCCCGCUGCACUACGCGGUGCUCGCGGGCGAUCCGGUGCUGGUGCGUGCGCUGCUGCAGAAGGGCGCCGAUUUGGAGAAGCCAGACGCCACGGGACGGACGCCGCUGCAGCUGGCGAAGGAAGCCGCGGCGGCACGCCCAUCCUCGUCCUCGUUCAUUAGGCGCCCCUGCAGCAUCCUCGCGCUGCAUCGCGGCGGCGGCGGAAGGGCGGCGAGGCCGGUAGACGCACGAAAGGUCUGCGCUAUCCUGGAGGACUACCGUGGCGAGGCGUCGGCGCAGAGGCGAGAGGCAAAACUGCAGCGCGAGGCGGCGGCCGAGACAUCGUUGCGGAGGCUCAAUUCGCUGGGCGACGUACUGUUGUUUGGGGUGGCGGCGACGCUGCCGCACUUUGUGCUUGCGCUCUGCGCGCUGCUGCCGCUGCCGCUGUGGCUCCUGGCUGCCGCGGCUGUUCUCACCCUCACGUCGUGCGCCGGCUUCAGCAUGAAGGACGACGGCCGUUUGAAUGCGAGGCCGCUGCGGCCUGUGGGAUUCUUCGUCGGCUACACCGUGGCGCUGCUGGCCUGCAGUGCCCUGCUGGAGGAAGCCGUGGUGCCGCUGCACUCCAUCGGUCGGCAGUGCGUGCUCCUGUGCGGCGUUGGCGCCGCCGCCUGCGCCCUCGCGGCGGUGUGGAGGAGCCCCGGGCUCGUGGAGUCCACCGCCGCGCAGCGGGUUGGAAUCUACAAGACAAUUCUGCACUCCAAAGGGGCCCCCGCGGAGGACGUGCGGCAGAGCAUCGAUCUUGUCUGCAUGGUGAAGAAGCCGCUGCGGGCGCAGCGCUGCCGCCACCUUGGGCGCGUCGUGCUCCGCUACGACCACUACUCCCUCUGGCUGGCGAGCUGCAUUGGCGGGGGCAACCACCGCUCGUACGUCGGCUUCCUCGUCCUCUACACCGCCCUGCUUGGGGCAGGCUGCCGCGGCACCUACCUGCUCCUGUCGGGCCGCAUUGACACGGAGGUGGUCUUUGCCAACGCCCCCGCCAGGCGCCUUGUCGAGGUCUACGGCUUGAUUCUUCUGCCCGUCGUCUUCCUCCUCGCGCUGGGGGCGCUGCUGCAGCAGCUGUGGUACAUCAGCCGCGGCGUCACCGCGUACGACGUGGCCCACCCCGCGCGCUGCCCCUGGUGCUUCCAGCUGGGCUCGCACACGUACUCUCUCUUCGACGUCGGGCUCGCGGGAAACCUCUGCCGCUUCUUCCUGGGACGCGAAAACCUCCUGGCCGUCUCCUACCGGAUGCCGGUGAUGAGUGCACGGCUGCAGCAGAUGGCAAAGAAGUUUCAGGCGCGGCAGCUGAUGACGUGCGGGGGACCGCAGUGCCACCCGCGCCCGGAUGAGGGCCACAGCCACACACACGUCGGAGGCUCGUGUCAGCCGCAGUCGCAUCAAUGGGACAGGCAGCAGCGGUCAAACGCGACAGUAAGCACUGUGUUGGACAACGCGGACGGGGCCCUUGGCCCACUUGCGACAGGCUCCGUUGUUGGUGCCACGUCUUCCGCGCCGGCACGCGCACUCACUGCUCUUCCUGCUGCUGCUGCUGCUGCGCCUCCUCCUCGCGCCGCUGCCGCCACGCCACUGGCCCCCGAUGCCGCCGUGGGUCGCCUCUUUCAGCUGAUGGUGCAGCAGGACGGCGCGGAUGUGACGGCGACGGCUGCCGCGGCCGAACUGCAGGCCGGCGUGUCGCCCGAGGAGUGGCCACGCGUCGUGGAGAAGGCCCGGUCCAUGUUUGGCUUCUUCAAGGGCACCAUGGAGGCGAAUAGGUGA